AGUAUGAAUAAGGAGAAGCCACAUUGCCCAUAGUCUGCUAGCUUUUAGUAUGCAAUAAACUCUACUCGUAUCUACCAAUCGCACUUAGCCAAUUAAAUAGGUGAUACCAAGUUAAGUACGCCCCACAGGAGUGUUUCAGUCAUGGGUCGAGUGUCCGGGGAACUACACGCAGUGUCACUGCUGGUCAUGAAUCGCGUUAUGAAGUGCAUUAUAAUUCUGCCAAUGGGCCAGCACCUGAUGGCCAAAGUGCUCUGUAACGUGGUGUUGUGCAUUAUUGUGGGUCUUUCCUCCUACUUUCGCUUUAGUUUUGACUACGAUUUCACCUAUGACUUUAUAAACGAUCACUUCUCGCGCGUCAUCGAUUUGACCAAUUUCGUGGCUCUGAUAAUGAGCCACGUUGUCAUAGUGAACCAAUUGGUUUGGCGAAAUUGCCGAAUCGAGAUCGAUAGCCAGCUGGAGGGAAUCCAUCGGGUGAUGAGUGCCCAACUGGGUAGACGGGUUAACUUGGAUAGAGUUCGUGGCUACUGCAAUGCCGUCUAUGGAUCGCUUUUCAUCCGCUGCGUGGUCUUCUGCCUGGCAAACGUGUACAACAAUAGGGCCCUCACCUACUAUGCCCUCUACUCGGAAAUAGUUUUGUUCGUGCGCUUCUCCGAGUUCACACUGUACUGUGCCGUGAUUUUGGCCCUUUACCAGGAAUUGAUCCUGGCUAGUAUCAAUGUCUUGGCUGAGUUGGAGCGUUCGCGAUUUGAGCUAUGGUCCGUACGGCGAUUAUCUCUGGAGAAAUUGGUCAAGUUGCAGCGAAUCCAUGGAUUAAUUUGGCGAGCUAACCGAUGUCUGGAACGCAAUUUUCAGCUGUGCCUGAUCAUCAUGCUAAUGAAGUUCUUUGUGGACACUUCAGCGCUUCCCUAUUGGAUCUAUCUCAGCAAAACACUGCACUCCGAUAUAUCCAUCCAAUACUAUUGCGGUGUCGACGAGUGUGUUAAGAUCUUGGAGGUCGUUGUUCCCUGCUGGAUCUGCACUCGUUGCGAUGUAAUGCAACGGAGAUUCCGAUCAAUGUUCUACACUUUAACCAAGGAUCGUCGCAAUAGCCAACUGAAUGCGGCUCUCAAUCGAAUGUGUAUGCAAUUGGGACAGGAGAGAUGCCAGUUUAGUGCAGGAGGAUUGGUGGAAAUCAGUACAGAGAUGCUGGGAAAGUUCCUAUUCGGAAUGAUCAGCUACAUUGUGAUUUGUAUCCAGUUUAGCCUAAAUCUCACCGCUAGCAACUCCAGUAAACUGGCCAGGAUUCCCACAACGAAUGCGCCCCUUUAA